AGGCUACGUUUGCCUCGCAGCUCCUCGGAGCUCGAAGCGCCGCAAAGUUUUGACAUUUUGGCAGCGGAGACGCGCGCCGGCUCUCUCCCGCUGACGGCUGUGGCGGCGGCCGACUCCCCAGAGGCCGCUCAGUCGCAAGUCCUAGGCGCUCCCGCCGCCCGGAGCCCGGCGGCCACGAGGCCCCGCCGCGUCCUCCCGCGCUCGCCCUCCGGGAGGCUGCAGCCAUGUCUCGGGGGCCGGAGGAGGUGAACCGACUCACGGAGAACACGUACCGGAAUGUUAUGGAACAAUUUAAUCCUGGGCUACGAAACUUAAUAAACCUAGGAAAAAAUUACGAAAAAGCAGUGAAUGCUAUGAUCUUGGCUGGAAAGGCCUACUACGAUGGAGUGGCCAAGAUUGGUGAGAUUGCCACUGGGUCUCCAGUAUCCACAGAACUAGGCCAUGUCCUCAUAGAGAUUUCCAGCAUCCACAAGAAACUCAAUGAGACUCUUGAUGAAAAUUUCAAAAAAUUCCAUAAGGAGAUUAUCCAUGAGCUGGAGAAGAAGACAGAACUUGACGUAAAGUAUAUGAAUGCUACUCUAAAAAGAUACCAAGCAGAACACAGGAACAAAUUAGAUUCUUUGGAGAAAUCUCAGGCGGAGUUGAAGAAGAUCAGAAGAAAAAGUCAAGGAGGAAGAAAUGCACUCAAAUAUGAACACAAAGAAAUUGAGUAUGUGGAGACUGUUACUUCUCGCCAGAGUGAAAUCCAGAAGUUCAUUGCAGAUGGCUGCAAAGAAGCCCUGCUUGAGGAAAAAAGGCGCUUCUGCUUUCUGGUGGACAAGCACUGUAGCUUUGCCAAUCACAUACACUACUAUCACCUGCAGUCUGCAGAAUUACUUAAUUCCAAGCUGCCCCGGUGGCAGGAAACCUGUUGUGAUGCCACAAAAGUACCAGAGAAAAUCAUGAACAUGAUAGAAGAGAUAAAGACACCCAUCUCCACACCAGUGUCCGGGACACCACAGCCUUCACCUAUGAUCGAAAGAAGCAAGAUGAUUGGGAAAGAUUAUGACACCCUUUCUAAAUACUCACCAAAGAUGCCCCCUGCUCCUUCAGUCAAAGCUUAUACCAGCCCUUUGAUUGAUAUGUUCAAUAACCCAGCAACAGCUGCACAGAGUUCAGAAAAGAUAAACAACUCAGCAGACACCUCAGAAGAUCCCAGUUUACAAAGAUCGGUUUCUGUUGCAACCGGACUGAACAUGAUGAAGAAACAAAAGGUGAAGGCCAUCUUCCCUCACACUGCUGGUAACAACAAGACCUUACUUAGCUUUGCCCAGGGGGACACCAUCACACUGCUCAUCCCCGAGGAGAAGGACGGCUGGCUCUACGGAGAGCACGACACCACCAAAGCGAGGGGUUGGUUCCCAUCAUCAUAUACAAAGUUGCUGGAAGAAAAUAUGAAGGAAGCUGUGUCUGUGCCUACACCAAGCCCUGCACCAGUGAGAAGCAUCAGUACUGUGGACCUGACUGAGAAGAGCAACGUUGUCAUCCCUCCUCCUGACUACCUGGAGUGCCUGUCCAUGGGAGCCACCUCAGACAAGAGAACAGGUGCUCCCAAGACUACUACUUCUACCUUCAAAGCCCCAGUGUCCAAACCAGAUGCCACAUCCACAUCUCCGAGUGAUGCAAACGGGACCGCAAAGCCACCAUUCCUCAGUGGAGAGAACCCCUUUGCUACUGUGAAACUCCGGCCGACAGUGACAAAUGACCGAUCAGCACCAAUCAUUCGAUGAAGACAAGAGGGAUCCUACUAGUCCCUCUCUCUACCUGAGUUCUCACCUGCAAGAUGACAGGUUGCUGGACCGGUGCAGGCACUGUCAAAGUUUCAGAGGAUGCCUGAUUUCAGUGAACCCCACCUGAGCAAAGCAAUGCAUUUUCUCAGUUUAACAGAGCUGGGUUUACACAUUUUUGUCUUUAAGGUAAACGAGUAGCUUAGUGAAUAGAUCAAUCAUUUGAAAUGUUUUCUUUUCUAUUCAAAAGCAGUAAAUUUGGUUCAAGUUCUUCUAAUUUUAAUUUUUAAGAAAACAGCCAGAAUAAGGGCUAGUCUCUUCUAUGCUUUUGUGCCUGGCUUUCUGUGGCUGAACGCAAAAAGACCAGAGUUUUAUUUUAUAAAGCCUGUGUUCUUAAGUAGCAUUAUGAUGUUCACCUAAAUAAAAUAUGUAAGUUUGCAUCAGAGCAUGCAAAUCUAGUAGUAAGCAAUAUAAAUUAUGAAACCAUAAUAAAU